UUUCACUAUUUCCAAAUAUUUCCUUGAUAAAAUUUCCAUUUUCUACCCCAAUAUAAGACACUGGAAUAUUAAAAUUGCAGCCGUCUGCUUUGUUUACAUUUUAUGAAUGGCGGUCACGUGAUUUCCUUUUAUGUAAAAAGCCGGGAAUAUUUUUAUUAUUGGUUUUACGUACAAGCCUGAUUAAUGAUUUUUUUUUUCAAAAUCUCCAUUUUUUUUUAUUUUCAGGCUCAUCCCCAGCCAAUAAGAAAGAAAUACAGGCUGUAUUCUCCUACUGCUCUCACCAAUGCCUAUAGUAUUAGUCCGUAAAAGAAGAAGGAAUGAGUGUAUUUGGUGCUUCAAAAUUGUAUAUGGUGCCAGAAAAUACCGUGAGAGAUUGUGUUCUUGGAAAGAUUGAUCCUGAAAAUGUAGUUAUGGGAAAACUUCCAUUAUUCAGCCAGUAUGAAGAGGCGAAAAUUGUAGAUCAUAUUAAAACAACGGCAAGGUAUGGCUACGGUUAUACUGUCCAAGAGUGUGUAGAUCUUGCAUCUGAUUACGCCGUACAGUUAGGUAAACGUCCAAAAGACAAACCACUCUCUACUAAAUGGUUGAAGGGUCUUAGAGAAAGGUGGCCUGAAAUAAAAAGAUUCACACUUAGAGCACUGGAACAUGUCACAGCAAAAAUGGCUAAGGAAAGUGUAAUUUCUGAGUACUUUGAAAACUUACAGACAUGUGUUAACAAGUAUGACUUGACUGAUAAGCCACAUUUGAUCUUUAAUGUGGAUGAGAAGGGGGUUUCAGUGAACCACAAACUACCUGGUAUUGUAGGUGGUGUUGACAUUUGUCCACAAGCUGUUACUUCUGGUAAAGGCAACACGAUAACUAUACUUGGUUGUGGCAGUGCAAGUGGUGUUGCAAUACCACCAUUUUUUGUUUUCCCGGGGAAGAGAAUGAAUCCGGAUCUCAUGAAAGGUUCUAUCCCUGAUACAUCAGGAACAGUAAGUGAGACCGGUUGGUCUAAUACAGAAGUAUUUCGCACAUAUCUUGAGUUGCACUUCCUAAAGCAUGUACCUGGUCGCAGUGAUGAGAAGAUUCUAUUGAUUCUAGAUGGCUAUCGUUCUCAUGUGUCAGUAGGUCUUGUAGAGUGGGCUCAGACUCACAAUAUUAUUCUGUUCAUCCCACCCCAAGUUCACCCCAAUUCUGUUCAUCCUGCCUGCUCACACCUGUGAUAUCCUUCAGCCGUUAGAUGUUGCAUGCUAUGGCCCUUUUGAAAAAAUGUAUAAUUUUCAAUGUCAUAAGUUCAUCCGCCAGACAGCAGCUGCCAUCACAAAAUAUAGUGUCUGUGAGAUACUAGUAGCCAGCAAGGUGUAUUCAAGAGCACUUGGCGCAGAAAAUUUGCAAGCCGGUUUUAAUAAAACUGGAAUCUAUCCCCUAAAUCAGUCUGCAGUUCCAAGAGAAUAUAUGAUACCAGCUCAAGUCUUUGAGAAACAAUUGAACUGUGAUGAUGGUGUAGAUAGUGAUGCAACAGUAGAGGGUGGAGUGUUGGUUUCAGGUGAGGAAUGUGUAGCAGAGAGUGGUAUGUUUGAAGUAAGAGAACAAAGUCUGAGAAGGGUAAAGAGUGAAGUUGUAUAAAAGCCCAGAAAAUAUGUUAGUGCUAUAGUAGCUGGUUAAGAAAUUACAGAUGAUGCAAUUUAUGCCCAGUUGUCACAACAUGAAAAGGAGCAGAAGCAAAAAAAAAGUAAAAGUAAGGUUCAGCAAACGUCUAAAUCAGAAAACUCCAAGAAAAACAAAAAAUCAGAAAAUCUUGAAUUGCAGGUGUGUUAGAGAUUCACCUGGAGGGGAUUACUUUUAUUUACACUGUCCCGUGUCUUUGGAACAUGGUGGGGGUAAGAGUGAGGUUGGGUGCGCACCAUAAACCGGUUUAAGCUCCCCAGUGGUGUUUUGCCACUGACCGUUCCAAGGCGGUGCCCCACUGUGUUCCUUUGUUUGUUCGUUUUGUCCUCUUGUGUAGGCCUUG